AUGUCGGAGGUUGCCUCGGGGCCCGCUCGGAGGGCUUACUGGUUGUGUGCUAAGCGUGGCUGCAACGCUUGGAAUUGGUGCGACAAGCGUUGGACGUGCAAGGCGUGUGGCACCUGUGCCCCCCCAUGGACGAAGGCGUACCGCUCCGACAAGGUCUCCCCUCGGGUGGACGCCGACGGGUUCGUGCAGCAGCCCAGGGGAAGAGCUGACCAACGCGCUGCGAGGCGCUCCGCCUCUCAGCGGGCCCUCUCAGGGAGCACGGCACCCAGCAGCGCCCCCAACAGCAGGACACGGCGUGGGCGUUCCUUGGGAGAGGCCAAGUCUCAGUACGAUGAGCUCCAGGCGCAGCUCGUGGCGGCCAAGGAGCGGGUCGACAAGCUCCAGGCGACCGCGGAGCUCGGGCUCUCGGAGGGCUUCCAGCGUGAGGCGGAGAAGGCCCUCCAGCAGGGCAGGGACCAGGUCGCCGCGCUCGAGCAGUCGGCCCAGGAGGCCCAGCGGACGGGGCGCCCGCCCCACUCGGUCUUCCACAUCGAGGCCAACGCCAUCCAGAAGGUCGAGCGUCAGCUGGCCAAUGCCCGCACCAAGAGGGAGAAGCUCCAGCUGCAGGCGGCUGAGCUGCGUGACCUCAUCGCGGAGAAGCAGGAGCAGCUGUCUGCGGCCGAGUUGGGAGUUGAUGAAGUUACUGGGCAGAUUGCUGAGCUGGAAGAGACCAAGGCCAAGGUCACGCAGCAGGCGAUCCAGAGGGCCAACGCGGCAGUCGGUGGUGUGCCGAGCCCGCUCGGGGACGCUGUCCAGGGGCUGCUCACGCAGGUUGGGGCCCUGUCGGACCUCCUCAAGCAGCACGGGGAUGAGUUGCCCCCCAGGUUCUCCGAGAUCGUCGACAUCUUCAACACGCAGAAGGAAGCGGUCGCUGACGUGCUCAGACCCCGCAGCAGCUCGGCCAGGAAGCGCUGGGGUGACUGCGUUGGCGACGACGGCCUCGCGACUGAGGACGAUGACAUGCCGCUCGACACCGUGCCCUCAGGUGGGCCCGCCCGCGGACAGGUCAGUCCGCGGCUGGGCCGCCCGCCCCUCGGGCCAGGUCUGCGGGUGGACCCUGCGGGCCCGCAGUGGCCCGUGGAGCCCUGCCUCGCCAAGGCCCUCGCAGAGCAAGGGGCGGCCAUCUCGGACGGCGACCCCCUGGUGGCUGCGGCUACUGCCGUGGCUCCUGCUGCAGGGUACGGGGCUGGUGUGGCAAGCCUCCACACCUCGGGGGCCCAGCUGCUGGGACAGGUGGAGGCGGCGCUGCGACGGCCGCUGGCGCGUCAGAGCCCCUCGCAGGCUGCCGUCAUCGGCAAGGCGCCGCCUGGUGACGGGGCAGGAGGCCAGCAGCUCCGAGCUGGCCUCGUCUUGCUCGGCUGCAAUGGCAAUACUUGGAGCAGGAGCAUUGAGGUCAUUGAAGCCUUCUUCAAGGCGUACGACUACUGGCCCGACGUCGUGGCGCUGCAGGAGACGAGGCUCCCGCAUGAGCGCCUGCCCAGUGCGGCGGCUCAGGCUCGAGGCCUGGGGUACGUGGCCUUCCUCCACGCGGCAGUGUUGACGGAGAAGCAGGGGCCUCUGGCGACCUCAGGCGGCGUGGCGAUCCUAGUGCGGGACGGCUUGCAGGCCGACGAGUCCGCAGCCCCGCUGCCCUCGGCUCUGCGGCACCGCCUCAUCGGAGUGGAGAUUGCCGCAGCUUCGGGCCUUCGGCUUCUGGUGCUUGCUGGGUAUUUCCAGCACUCUCUCGGCCCCCGAGGCAUCAACCUCGACUUGUUUUCGGCCAUCUCGGAGGUGACGGGCUUCGAGGCAGACAUCCCGUGGGUCCUCCAAGCGGACUUCAACAUGGAGCCCGAGCCCCUGGAGGAGUUGGGCUGGCCCGCGGCAGUGCGGGGGCACGUCCUGGGACCCACGGAGGCGACGUGCCAUGCUGAGGGCUGUGACCACCUCUACGACUGGUUCGUGGCGUCUGCGGCGUUGGCUGCAUGCACGGCCUCCUGUGCCACCACGCUCGAGGGCUUUGGUCUGCACCCUCAUCGCCCUGUCCUACUUCGCCUACAAGAUGUGCGGGCUGAUGCGUUGGUCGAGGUUCCGUCCAGGCCCGCCCGCUUCCCCGAGGUAGCCCCUGAGCUCCUUCGGGCACACGAGGACGCGGAGAUUGUGCGUUACUCGUUUAGCAAGAAGGGGCAGGUCACGUCCAGGGAGGUCUCGUGGUCCUGGGACGUGGGCUCUGCCCCGACCAGCCUCUCCGUCGCCUUCGGAGAGUGGGCGGCUGCUGCAGAGGGCACCCUGGUCGGCAUCCACGGCAUCGGCCAAGCUGACCUGGCCCGUCAUCUCGGCAGAGGAGAGGGGCCGAGGCUGACCCUCAAGCCGCUCAGCGCCCUUGUCAGGCGCGAAGCCAGGUUCAGGUUCAGCCUCCUCACGCACCGCCUAAGGAGUUGCCUCGACGUGGCCCUCCAGCGGAUGCGCGCGGAGAGCACGGGCCGAUGGCACCCUCAGCAUGCGGACUGGUACGAGCACCAGGCCGAGCUCAGGGCGCAGCUCUUGCUGGAGGCGGUGCAGGAUGCGGACGACUCGGUCGGUCAGGGUCUUCCUGGUGCUGCGCCUGAGCGGUGGAGCGACCUGGUGUACCAGGCGGGCGUCCGCGGCAGUCCUGAGGCAGUUCGGGACCUCCAAGGGCUGCUCUAUGCUUCGCAGCGCCGCGAUGCGGCUCAGAGCGCCCAGGCCUGGCGCAGCUGGGCCCAGACAGCGGUCGAGAAGGGCGGCCGCCUGGCCCACCGCUUCUCGAAGGCGACGCCCCCGCCGACGGUCAGGGAUGCCGACUCGGGCAGGAGGCUGGUGGGUAUGGCAGCGAUUGGCGAACUCACGAGGGUCUGGCAGAAGCUUUGGCUCCAGGACGGGUUUGCCUCGGGCGCAGGGGCCAGCAGCUGGGACGUGGGCGAGUGGCAGUUGCCCCCCAUCUCGCUGGAGCAGCUCCAGGCAGCCUGCAAGCGCUACAGCCCCUCUGUGGGCCUCGGGUGCGACUCCCUGCACCCUCGGCAGAUCCUCCUUCUGCCAGUGGCGCUGCAGCUGCGCAUCCUCGACAUCCUGGCGGCCUACGACGAGGCCCCUGCAUCGAUCCACGGGCAGGCCGCGAGCCUCUUCCUGGACAUCAGCAAGUUCUACGAGCACGUGCGGCACGACGUUCUCUGGGCGAAUGCGGUACGUUUCGGGUUCAACCUCAGGUUGCUGCGCGGCCUCCUCACGUCCUACCAGGCCCCUAGGAUGAUCCUCGCGGCGGGCAUGGCCUCCCCCGCCUUCGGCACUACAGGAACGGUGCUGGCUGGGUGUGCGUGUGCGACAGCAGUUGCGAAGCUCCCAGUUCUGGGAGCCCUCCUGGCAGCGGGGGCGACGAGCCCGUUGGUCACGCCGAGGAAUGUUGUCGACGAUAUUUCUCUCCAGGCGGUCGGCACGGCUCGGCUCGUGAAGCUGCAGAUGGUGGCCGCCAGUUGGGAAGUGGUCCGACAGCUGCGAGAGCAGCACCUCCCACUCAACGAGAGUAAGUCGGUAUUCCUGGCCUCGUCGCCGCAGCUCGCCAAGGAGCUCUCCGAGGCUUGGGCGGAGCAUGGCUUUACCUUCAAGAGGGGACUUCAGGCGAGGAACCUCGGCACCGACGCCAACAUCACUCGUCGUGGAGUUCAUGAAGGAGCUGUGCGUGCGGUCAGCGGCCUUCGCCGAGGACGUAGGCUAGGGGUGCUUCGCUCAGCUGGCGCGGUUACCGAGAUGGUUCAUCGUGCUGGGCCCACCGCGGCGAUGCUGUGGGGGCGCACUGUGACUGGCGUACCUGAUAGGGAGCUACAUUCGUGGCGCCUGGCGGCGAUACGCUCAGCUGGGAAGUUCCCUAAGGGCGCCUCGCUCGGGCUGAGACUCAGAGUGGUGGAGGUCAUGAAGUCCACCGAUCUCGACCCGAGCCCCGCGCUGCUUCGUGCCGCGGUGCAGAUGGCGGCCAGUCUCCUCCAGUCGGGGGAGGUCCCGCUGCGCAUGUUCGAGUCGGCCGUGCAGGAGGCAGUGCAGAGACACGCGGGGGCAGCGGCCCCUUGGGUGCACUGCCGCACGCCGGUGGAUGCCCUGGCCCUCUCGCUCUCCAGGGUUGGCUGGAGGCUUGUUCACGGGGCCCGCCUCGCAACCGACGACGGCCAUCUCCUGGACCUGCGCAUGUUGGGGCCGCGCGAGCUGGGCCUGCUGGCUGCUGCAGGGGCACGGCGCGCGUCGGACAAGUCGGAGCUGGCCCGCCUCGGCCACGGGGCGCUCCCCCAGUCGCCCCUGUUCUGGGAGGCCUUCGCGGAGGUCCUCGGGCCUGGCAGCAAGCUCAGCCACAGGGAGAAAGCGGCGGUGGUGAGCUUCCUUUCCAACGCCCACUGGCCCCAGACCCGUCUGCACUCGGCGGGCGUGACUCUACCUCUGACCGCCUUCGGCGCUGUGCGCAUCGUGCACGCGGCCGUGGCGAGGACAGACGCCAUGUCAGUCAUGUGGUGCAAUCGCCCCGCUGACGGUCUUCUCGGGGGGCGGCUCUAUCUGGAUGGGUCGGCGCUCGACCCUGAGCACGAGAGCCUACGGCGUGCGGGAUGGAGCAUCGUGCAGUGCGACUCCGACGGCUACAUGGAGUGCGCGGUGUACGGCAGCGUGCGCCAGGACCUCUGCCCGUUCCAGACGGCGAAGGACGGCGAGGAUUUCGCGGUCUGGAUGCUGUCUCGCUUCCUGGGCCCGAGCGUUGACGAGCUCCUCAUCGACUGCGCGUCCACGGUCAGCUGCCUCACGUUGGGUAAGAAGUACGCGACGGCAGCCAACAAGCCCAACGCCCACCUCUGGGAGGGGAUCUACGCGUCGCUAGACGUGGACACGCUCAAGGUGACCAAGGUCGCAGCCCACUGCACCGCCAGAGACGUGAUGGAUGGCAAGAUCACGGAGGCGGACCUCCGUGGCAACGGACAUGCAGACCGCUGGGCCAAGGCGGGGGCGGAGCUCCACCGUACCAGCCCAGCUGCCAGGCGCGAGUUCUUUGGCACGAUGGAGGUGGUGAGGGAGCUCUCGUGCUGGGUGGCGCAAGCCUCCCUCAUCUGGCAGGGGAUCGAGGUCAAGGACUGCGAGGGCCUCCCCGAGGGCAGCGAGCGGGCGGCCGUAUCCUUCGCAGUGCCAGUGGUGGAGCCCGCCAGCAGCCGCCCUCCCGACCCAUGUUCGAGCGACGGGUGGGCUUCGGCGGCGCGCGCUGGUGGCGUCUCCCUCGGGGCGACGGCCUUCGUCGUCGUCGGCCACGUCCUGGCCUGCGCCAAGUGCGGGGAGGGGGCCGCCGAGCAGGAGCUGAUGGCGUGCACCCACUGCGGGGCGUACGCGCGGCUGGGCGGGCGCUCAGGUGCGGCGCCCAAGCUCAAGGAGCAGUGCCCAGGGUCGGCUGGGCUUCCCAAGGGCAGGAGAGACCAGAAGGCGCGCAGGUUGCAGGGGCGGCACCCUGCUGGCACGCCCCACAGCGGCAGCAAGAGGGUCGGAGCGUCUGUGCCCAGCUUGCGCAAGGAGGACGUGGUGCCGAUGGCCGCCAGGGUGCGCUUCCUGGAGUGGCUGGGUGUCCGCCCCGAUGAUGCACCUGGCGGCGUGGCCGCCGACGCCGGCCGAGGGCCCCCCAGCGGCGCGGCGGCAGCAGGUGAGGCGGAGGCUGAGCCCCUGGCGCCUGACUCCUCGGGGACCUCUAGGGAGGCUUGGCUGAGCGCCUACGGGCUCGACGAAGCGAGCCUCCUUGAGUGGUCAGCCGCAGCAGAGACGGCGCGCGAAGACAGGCGCAAGAGACGCCGUCGCGCUGAAGGUGACGAAGGGGAGUGA